ACGCUUUGUGUUGGAGGUACGUAAACAGGACGGCAGUGAAUAUCCCCCGCAUACUCUCUACUUCAUUGUUUGUGGAUUACUGCAUCAUUUGCGAGAGGAAAACGUUCAUAAUAUGAAUUUUCUUGAUGAACAUGACCACCGUUUUGCCGUUUUCCGUAAAGUUUUGGACGCCCGUAUGAAGGAAUUGUUAUCAAAAGGCGUAGGCACCAAAGUGAAACAAGCUGAUCCACUGUUGCCGGAAGAUGAAGAAAAAAUCUGGACUAAUAGAGUAUUCGGGUCACACUCUUCUCAAGCUCUACAGUACACAGUUUUCUUCUAUAACUGUAAGAUAUUCGGUUUGAGGGCCUUUGACAAACACAGAAAUCUGGAGUGCUCCCAGUUUGAAAUUGGGCAAGACGAGCAAGGAAAAUUUAUUCCAUUUACGGGCAGAUUAUCUAAGACUUACAAAGGGGGGCUGAAACAUCUGCAGCUUACCAAUAAAGAUCUAAAACAUUACUGCCAAGAAGGUGAAUGGUGUCUUGCCGAUUUCUAUUGUACCUAUCUCAAAGCUCUCAAUAAUGGUGGACCUUUUUACCGCCGUCCCUUAGCUGACGCAGGUCCUGUAUGGGUGCGAUAUGGCGAACAAGAACUGGGAGUUAACAAACUAAAGGGCCUGAUGAAGGAAAUCACAGGUAAAGCAGGACUGAAGGGAAACUUUACCAACCACUCGGGCAAGAGGACCUGUGCUACUCAGUUAUAUCACGCAGGGAUCGACGAGCAGGAAAUCAUGUCUUGGACCGGUCACAGGUCAGAGACGGCAGUAAGAAAAUACAAAAGAUCAAAUUCAGCACUACAGGAGCGUGUUUCCGAAGUUUUGAAUCCCCCAAACGUGAAAAAAAUUAAAUGUGAAACAACCACGCUUAAAACAAGUGAGUGUGAAAAUAUUCAGGAUGAAAAUUUGAGUUCGGUGUGCGACAGUGCCGUUUUAUCUGAAAGUGAAAUUGCAACUUCCAGGGAAAAUGCCGAGAGUUAAAAUACCUGCAUUUUGAAGCCAGGCUCGGUAUUUAAUACAUGUAAUUGCACUUUUUCAUUUUUAACCCCGAGUGGCUUUC